AUGAGUCAGAAGAGGAGUGAACAAAAGCAGAGGAGAAAGAAUAAGAUUUGUUUUCCUUUCAAUUUGGACAUUUCUCCUCGCUUAAUAAACGAUUUCGAUUUCUUGUCCAUCGAAUCCGGGGAAUUUCGUUACAAGCUGAAUGACAGCAAUGGAGAUAGUUAUGAUUUGAGAUAUGAGUAUGGAGACUUAGGAACACACACAUUUUCGUGUGUACAUUUAUCUCGGAUGAUCUGGGAUCUCUUUGAGUUAGACAAUAAUUUAGAGAAGGUGAAGAAAUGUGUGAAAGACGCAAUUUUUGCAUCUACCAAGAAGAGGGAAAACAACACUUCACGGGUCAAAUUCCUUCCAAUUUAUGUUCAAAUCAAGGCAAGAUUCCCAAAAGAAAAGAAAUGCAAGACGGGAGGAAGGCUGAAAAACCAUCGAGAUAUCGAUACAUACGGGCAGUUGGUAAACGUCUACAUCAAUCUAUUCCACAAAGAAGUUGUCGAUCAAAAUUUUGGUUCGCCAGUGGUGUGCGGUCGUUCUACAAGCACCCCAAAAUAUUAUGGUUUUGCGCACGACAGUGCUGUCCCCCACAGGACGGGUACCAACACGAGGGCAGAAAACCGGUAUAUGGUUUUAGUCACCUGGGCCCGAUGCCAGUUGUUAGAUUCAAAAAAUAAGCAAGGAAAAGAAGUUUAUACUAUUCUGAAUAAUUUGCCUCAAGGCGAUGUUUUGAACACUCAUCAAUCCUGGUUUGAGGAGAGGUUUAACGUGAAACUGAGACCUCAGAAUUAG